AACACAACCCCAUGUGAUUCUCGCAGAACAACAAACAACAGCAAUCCGAGUCGGAUUUCUAGCGGUCUUCUCCGAUAUUUGUCAGCAAUUUGCUGCAACCCUGCAAACUGCAAAUGGAUAAUUAAUUUUUAAACCGAACAACAGUGAUUUAGAUUCAUUUCGAAGCUAACCAACUUGAAAAAACUAACAAAAGAGCAAUGGAGUUUUGGCGUGACAAGCUAAAGGGCGCCAAAUUCGUGCUCGCGCCCAUGGUGGAGGGCAGCGAGCUGGCCUGGCGCAUGCUGGCUCGCCAGCACGGCGCUGACCUUUGCUACACGCCAAUGUGGCACGGGCAGGUCUUCUGCAAGGACCCCAAAUACAGGGCAGAGGCCCUUGCGUCCUGCCCAGAUGACAGACCGCUUAUUGUGCAGUUUUGCUCCAACGAUCCCGACAUCUUCACGGAAGCCGCCACCCUUGCUCAGGAUCACUGCGAGGCCAUCGACCUGAACCUUGGCUGUCCUCAAGCCAUCGCCAAGAGGGGCAACUAUGGCGCCUUUUUGCAGGACGAGUGGCAGUUGCUCCAUGACAUGGUUCGGAAGGCGAGCUCCACUGUGAAAGUGCCGAUCACCUGCAAAAUUCGCGUCUUUGAAGACAUCCGACGAACGGUGGACUACGCGCGAAUGCUGGAGGGCGCUGGCGCCUCCCUGCUGACCGUGCACGGCAGGACGAGGGAACAGAAAGGUCCUCUGACUGGUCUGGCCAACUGGGGCUACAUCAAGGAGGUCCGCCAGUCGGUCAAUGUGCCUAUGUUCGCCAAUGGAAACAUCCAGAGUUUGGCUGACGUCCUCAGGUGUAUUGAGGAGACCGGCGUCCAGGGCAUCAUGUCUGCAGAGGGACACCUGCACAACCCUGCCAUCUUUGAGGGUGUGAACCCUCCUGUGUAUGAAAUGGCUGAGGAGUACCUGACACUAGUGAAGGAGUAUCCAUGCGCCACCUCCAUUGUGCGAGGCCACAUUUUCAAACUAAUGCAUCACGUGCUGGCUUUGCCUGAAAACUUUGACGUCCGCUACGAAAUCGCCAAGGCCCAGGAACUAAGCAACUUUGAAACUAGUGUGAAGAAAAUUAGGGAGCGGUAUGAAAAGCACGCCACAGGAAUUGAAAAAUACUCGCAACCAAAUGAUUUGCCUUUUGACGUUUGGCUGUGUCAGCCCUAUGUGCGUAUGCCUCCUGAUGAGUACCUGAAAAAGCUUAAAGAAGCAAACGAAGCCAAUAAAAACGGGGAAGGUAUAAAAAGAAGUAACGAUGAAGAUGGACCACCUGAAUUGUCAAAAAAGAAACAGAAAGUGCUGGAAAGGAAUCCUAGAAAGAAAUUUGAGCGAAAAAAGUUACCUCUUUGUUCCAAAUGUCUCAAUCCAAAGGGCUUGAAAUGCGGUUUCUUUUUGUGCAAGUCGUGCUGUCGCUCAAAGUGCUAUCAGGAAGAGUUGGAUUGCCCCGGUCACCGGAUUCUGGUCAAAACGCGUCGCAACAUGGCCCGAGAGCACGCCAACGACAAGACUGAUGCGCCCCCGGAUCAAGAGGUCUGAACUUUUUUAUAACAAAAAAUGGAAUACUUCUAACUGUUGUUUUCAAUAAAUAAGAAAAUUCCA